AUGGCUGAGCCAGGCCCGGAGGACAGAGGGCUGCGGACCAGGGCUGCUCCGCAGGAUGCCUCGGGCCUUCAGGACAGUUUGUUCUCCUCUGAAAGUGACAACAGCCUGUACUUCACCUACAGUGGCCCAUCCAACACCUUGGAGGUCCGAGGCCUCAGCUACCAGGUGGAUGUGGCCUCCCAGGUACCUUGGUUUGAGCAGCUGGCUCAGUUCAAGAUGCCUUGGACAUCUCACAAGGACGCGUGUGAGCUGGGCAUCCAGAACCUGAGCUUCAAAGUGAAGAGUGGGCAGAUGCUGGCCAUCAUAGGGAGCUCAGGUUGUGGGAGAGCCUCUUUGCUGGAUGUGAUCACCGGGCGAGGCCAUGGUGGCAAAAUUAAGUCAGGCCAAAUCUGGAUCAAUGGGCAGCCCAGCACGCCCCAGCUGGUGAGGAAGUCGGUGGCCCACGUGCGCCAGCACGACCAGCUGCUCCCUAACCUGACUGUCCGUGAGACCCUGGCUUUUGUGGCCCAGAUGCGCCUGCCCAGAACCUUCUCCCAGGCCCAGCGUGACAAAAGGGUGGACGACGUGAUCGCGGAGCUGCGGCUGCGGCAAUGCGCCAACACGCGCGUGGGGAACACCUACGUGCGCGGGGUGUCGGGGGGCGAGCGGCGGAGAGUCAGCAUUGGGGUGCAGCUUCUGUGGAACCCAGGGAUCCUCAUUCUGGAUGAACCCACCUCCGGGCUCGACAGCUUCACGGCCCACAACCUGGUGAAGACGCUGUCCAGGCUGGCCAAAGGCAACAGGUUGGUGCUCAUCUCGCUGCACCAGCCUCGGUCGGACAUCUUCAGGCUGUUUGACUUGGUCCUCCUGAUGACUUCGGGCAUCACCAUCUACUUGGGGGCAGCCCAGCACAUGGUCCAGUAUUUCACGGCAGUUGGCCACCCCUGUCCUCGCUACAGCAACCCCGCUGACUUCUACGUGGACCUGACCAGCAUCGACAGGCAGAGCAGAGAACAGGAAGUGGCCACCAGGGAGAAGGCACGGUCACUCGCAGCCUUGUUUCAGGAAAAAGUGCAUGACUUUGACGACUUUCUGUGGAGAGCGGAGGCCAGGGAGCCAGGCGGGGGCCCCUGUUGGAAGAGCCUGGUCCUCCCAGGGGACAGCAACCACCUCCCGACUCCCACCAAGCUGCCGGGCCCCGUGCAGCAGUUCACCACGCUGAUCCGUCGUCAGAUUGCCAACGACUUUCGAGACCUACCAACCCUCCUCAUCCAUGGGGCGGAGGCCUGCCUGAUGUCCCUGAUCAUCGGCUUCCUCUAUUAUGGCCACGGGGCCAUCAAGCUCUCCGUCAUGGACACGGCGGCCCUCUUGUUCAUGAUCGGAGCUCUCAUUCCUUUCAACGUGAUCCUGGAUGUCAUUGCCAAAUGUCACUCGGAGAGGGCGAUGCUUUACUAUGAACUAGAAGACGGGCUGUACACCGCUGGUCCCUAUUUCUUUGCCAAGAUCCUCGGGGAGCUCCCGGAGCACUGUGCCUAUAUCUUCAUCUACGGGAUGCCCACCUACUGGCUGGCCAACCUGCGCCCAAGCCCCGAGCCCUUCCUGCUGCACUUCCUGCUGCUGUGGCUGGUGGUCUUCUGCUGCAGGGUCAUGGCCCUGUGCGCUGCCGCCCUGCUCCCCACUUUCCACAUGUCCUCUUUCUUCGGCAACGCUCUCUACAACUCCUUCUACCUGACCGGGGGCUUCAUGAUAAGCCUGAACAACCUGUGGACAGUGCCCGCGUGGAUUUCCAAUGUGUCCUUCCUCCGAUGGUGCUUUGAAGGGCUGAUGCAGAUUCAGUUUAAAGGGCAAACUUACCACUUGGCGGUUGGCAACUUCACCUUCCCUAUCCAGGGGGAGAAAAUCCUCAGCUCCAUGCACCUGAACUCAUACCCGCUCUACGCCAUCUACUUCAUCCUCCUCGGCAUCAGCGGUGGCUUCGUGGCCCUGUACUACGUGUCCUUAAAGUUCAUCAAACAGAAAUCAAGUCAAGACUGGUGA